AUGAGUUCUUCCUUGGCCAAUUCGUUUUACAAGGCGAGUCCCCCCGUUCCUGCCUAUUCCAUGCAAAGUUAUGGAAAUUAUGGAAGUGUCCCCGAGGUUCAGUCCCCCAGGUACCGCUUGGAUCUGAGCAUCCCCCUCCCCUCCUCCGGGGCUCCCACCUCCCUGAGCGGCUUGGCCAUGUCUGCGACCCCCCCAUCUAACCCCGAGCGACCUUCCUGCACGGUCAUGGGUUCUUCAGGGCAUCCUUUAACCAGAGACGAUCAAGCAGCCCUAAAUCCCGGGAUUUACAGGCAGAACAGUGGGAACGCGACGCUGGACGAGAGAUCUAAGAGCUCGGCUGAAAUCAAAGCCGAACCCGUUCAAACAGCACAACCAGGAGCACCACAACUCCAGAAGGAGCAGCAGCAACAACCUCCACCGAUUUACCCCUGGAUGACCAAACUACACAUGAGCCAUGAAACGGAUGGGAAACGUUCCCGAACCAGUUACACCCGUUACCAAACUCUGGAACUAGAGAAAGAAUUUCAUUUUAACAGAUACCUGACCCGGAGGAGGCGGAUUGAAAUCGCCAACAACCUCUGCCUGAACGAGAGACAAAUCAAAAUCUGGUUUCAAAACCGGAGGAUGAAGUGGAAGAAAGAUUCCAAGUUGAAAAGCAAAGAGGCUCUUUAG